AUGGACACCAUCAUCGAUCUUUCAGACCGGUCGAAGGCCCUGGAUCUCACGAACAUCCGCUAUCAGCUCAUUCGUCUCGAGGAUACCAUCACCUUUCAUCUGAUUGAGCGUGUCCAGUUCCCUCUUAACAAAAACAUCUACGUCCCAGGAGCAGUUCCGAUCCCAAACUCGGAAUUGAGCUUCAUGGACUGGUACCUUCGGGAACAGGAAAAACUCCAAUCCCUCAUCCGCCGCUUUGAGUCACCGGACGAGUACCCUUUCUUCCCUGAUGCCGUCCAAAAGCCAAUCCUCGACCCACUCGACUACCCUCCAAUUCUCUACCCCAACGAUGUCUGUGUGAACGACAAGAUCAAGCAGUUCUACACAGAGAACUUCCUUCCAAAGGUCUGCCGCGACUUUGGUCGCGAGGACAGGGGUGUUUCUCAGGAGAACUACGGCUCAUCCGCCACGUGCGACAUUGCUUGCCUGCAAGCACUUUCCAGGCGGAUUCACUUUGGCAAGUUUGUUGCCGAGUCCAAGUUUGUGUCGGAAACGGAGAAGUUCACGAGGUUGAUCCGGGCUGGCGACCGGGACGGAAUCGGUGAGGCCAUCACGAACAAGGCGGUUGAGAAGAAGGUGUUGGAGCGUCUCAAGCUCAAGGCGCAGACUACGGCACCGAUCCCUCGCUCCAAGGUCCAGACGCUGCUGAGCAGGUCAAGAUCAACGUUGAGGCUGUUGUGUCCAUGUACGAAGACUUUGUCAUUCCCCUGA